AAGUAGUCUCAUUAUGUUUCGGGUUCAAAACCCGUCCGAAAUGUUUCGAGUGCAAAACCCACCUAAAAUCGAGUUACAAACCCAUCCUUUAAAAUGUACGGUCAAUAAAAAAAAGAAUCCCCUUUCUUCCAUCACACGAAGGUGGUAGCAAGAUGAGCAAGCUAACGACAUCCAGGUCCGAAUUAGACCUAGAUCGCCCCAACAUCGAAGAUUACCUUCCUCCUGAUUCCAUUCAACAACCUCACACCAAGCUUCGUUUGCGAGAUUUGCUCGACAUAUCGCCCACCUUAACCGAGGCAGCUGGUGCCAUUGUUGAUGACUCUUUCACGCGAUGUUUCAAGUCAAAUCCUCCAGAGCCUUGGAACUGGAAUAUAUAUUUAUUCCCGUUGUGGUGUUUGGGUGUUGUAGUUAGAUAUGGGAUUCUUUUCCCAGGGAGGGUUCUUAUUCUGACUAUAGGAUGGAUCAUAUUCCUAUCAUGUUACAUUCCCGUGCACGUGCUAUUAAAAGGGCAUGAUAAGUUGAGGAAACGGUUAGAGCGCGCUCUGGUGGAGUUAAUUUGCAGCUUCUUUGUUGCAUCAUGGACAGGGGUCGUCAAGUAUCAUGGCCCGCGACCAUGCGCAAGGCCUAAACAGGUGUUUGUGGCCAAUCAUACGUCUAUGAUUGAUUUUAUUGUUUUAGAACAGAUGACUGCAUUCGCAGUUAUCAUGCAGAAACACCCUGGAUGGGUUGGACUUCUGCAAAGUACUAUUUUGGAAAGUGUGGGGUGUAUAUGGUUUAACCGUUCAGAAGCAAAGGAUCGCGAAAUAGUAGCAAGAAAGUUGAGGGAACAUGUUGAAGGAACCGACAACAAUCCUCUUCUUAUAUUUCCCGAAGGAACGUGCGUGAAUAAUAAUUACACCGUUAUGUUCAAAAAGGGUGCAUUUGAACUCGGUGCUACUGUUUGUCCAAUUGCAAUCAAGUACAACAAAAUAUUUGUCGACGCGUUUUGGAAUAGCAGAAAACAGUCGUUCACGACCCACCUAUUGCAGCUGAUGACAUCAUGGGCUGUGGUUUGCGAUGUUUGGUAUUUGGAGCCGCAAAAUAUGAAGCCUGGAGAAACAGCUAUUGAAUUUGCAGAGAGGGUGAGGAGCAUCAUCUCUAUUCGGGCGGGUCUUAAGAUGGUUCCUUGGGAUGGAUACUUGAAAUACUCUCGUCCUAGCCCUAAACACAGGGAAAGCAAGCAACAAAGUUUUGCAGAGUCAGUGCUGCGUCGGUUGGAAGAAAAAUAGAGAUUAUUGAGUGUGAAGCUUUGCUGCAAAGAUAGUUGUCAAAUAUAGCAUGAGCAAACAAGACUCUUGGUGCGUUGACGAUGAGAGUGAGGUGAAUAAUCCUCUGCAGUGUGUGUUGACUUUUGUUUUUUGUGAUCUGAUGGCCUUAAUUUGUUUAGCAAGUGAGUAAAAUGUUGUAUGCAUACAAAGGUAUAAUAUCAGUUGUGUUUCUUUCAACUCAUAAAUAUCGAUAUUUAGUUCAUUGGUG